AUGAAUACAUUUCCUUUUUGUUUGAAGGUUGCUACCUUUUCCUUUCUUAUUUGGAUAUUUCAAUACUUUUUGAACCAUAAUUUCAGCAAAUCUUCUUAUAAUAAAAAUAUACCAGCGACAAAAUUUGCAUCAAAAUUCAAAAGAACACUAGCAGAGGUUAGAAAAUCACAAAAAACAGGAUUUUCACUUGAUGAUAUUAAAUUUGUAGAUGAAGAUUGUGAAGAAGAAAGAACAAGUAUAACAGAAGAAAAAAAAAAAAAAAAAUAUCCAAAAAGAGAAAAAUUUCCACAAAAAAAAAAAAUUUCAAAAAAAAAAACUGCAGUUAAAUCAGGUGAUCACAAAGAAAAAUCAGAUUACAGCAGUGAUGAAGAAAGAGAAGAUGAAUCAGACGAAUCAUUUAGCUUCUCUCCAGAGUUAUCCAUGGAAUGGAAUGAUGAGAAUAUACUUAUGUUGGAUAAAUUUCCUAAUCAAAUAAAAGGAAUGAACACUAAUAGGGGAGCUCGCGAAACGGUUGAUGAAGAUUAUAAAAAGGAUUUGGAUAUUUUUGAACCAAGUUGUCCUUAUAAAGAUAAAGGAAGAAUAUCUGAUGAAUCUUUAAAAGAUGUUACAACAAAAUUUGAUGAAAUUUUGCUUUCUUCCAAAGAAAAAUUUGAUAAUCAUGCAAAUGUUGAAUCUGAAAAGACAAAAACUCGAGAACAAGCAUUAAGAGGGGCUGAAAAAUCCGAUGAAAAGCAUAAAGAACAAGAAAUAAAGGAUAAACAGAAACAUGCACAGUUAUCAUCAGAUACUAAAGAGGAAGAUGAAAAAAGAAAAAAAAAAUCCAAUGUACAAUUAGGUAAGAGAUGGAAUGAAGCUAUAUGUUCAAUGUGGAAAGGAUUCAAAAAUAAAACAAAUAAAAAGGAUGAUGAAUAG